AAGAACCUUUGAAUAAUUGACGUUCAACCCUCACAUAUAACUGAAUUCAAAACACUUUUGGCACUCAGUCAGUAAGGUUGAUCGGAUCACAGACAUAAUCCGAGAGCCAUGGAUUACAGGCUUUUAUUUGGCUCUCUAGUCGUCUUGAUUGUUGCCGUUUCGGGCAAAUCGACAAGCAAAGGACUCGUUUCCAAACGUAGCCCAAAUCCUUGUCCUCCCGGAUGUCCUGGCGCUUGCGCACCAGCAUGUACCGCUGUAUGUUGUUCACCACCACCACCACCACCACUUCCCCCACUCCCACCAGCACUCCCACCACCACCUCCACCAGCACCAGGCCCACCAGGUCCAGACGGACCCAUGGGAAUGCCAGGACCAUCAGGACCCGACGGACCUAAAGGACCCCCAGGACCACCCGGACUUCCAGGACCACCAGGUCUGCCUGGUCUCCCAGGUGCCCCAGCAGGACCACCAGGACGUGAUGGACCAAUGGGACCUCCAGGACCAGCUGGAAACCAAGGACCACCAGGAGAUAUGGGACCAAUGGGACCACCAGGACUUCCAGGAAACCCAGGCCCACCAGCACCACCAGGCCCACCACCACCAUGUCCACCAGUUUGYGUGCAUACUUGUAUCAAGGCUUGUUCUCCAGCUUGUUGUGGUCACGGCAAGAAGAGAUCUGCUCUUAUGCAAAUGCGUUUACAGGUCCCUAUAUUAGUGUUUGUGUUAUAUGUUGGCCUUGCUGCCAGCGCAAGUGUCAAAAAUAAAAAUUCAAAGGCACCGCCCAAGAUAUUAGCCGAUAAUAAGCGAAGUCAACAAGACGCUUGCGAUAUCACAGUUUGCGCGACGCCAUGCGCUGAGUCGUGUCCACCUUCUUGUUGUCCUCCACCGCCGCCUCCUCCGCCUCCACCACCACCUCCUUUUUAUCCUGAAAUUCCACCUCCUCCACCGCCACCACCAGUUGCAGGACCACCGGGCCCAGACGGACCCCCUGGAAUGCCCGGUCCCCAAGGACCUGAUGGACCUAAGGGACCACCAGGACCUCCUGGUCCACCUGGACCUCCAGGACUUCCUGGCCUUCCUGGCGCACCAGCAGGAAACCCUGGUCGCGAUGGACCAAUGGGUCCCCCCGGACCUCCAGGAAACCCGGGACCCCCAGGCGAUAUGGGACUUCCUGGACCUCCAGGACCACCCGGUCCAGCUGGCCAACCUGCUCCUCCAGGACCCUCAACGCCCUGCCCUAGUAUUUGCGCUCAUACCUGCCUAUCUCAGUGCCCUUCAAGCUGUUGCCAUUACUGAUAUACAAUUGCAAAGUGACAAAAGCAGCAACAGUCGACAUAUAAAGCGUGAAGAAUUCAAGAUCGAUUCAGGCCAGAUUUUAGUUGCUACGAUAUUAGUUUUGUCGUUUCUAGUUUUCUAGUCGGCGACAUAUUUCAUACGUUGUUUUGCUUAUAUAUAUUUUUGUGAAUUUUGUGAAUUUGAAAUCUUAUGUACAUGUUAUUUAUGACAAGCCAUUGCUAACAAAUAAACAUUGUUUUGAAAUACUC